ACACCAUCGCGCACAUGUUUGUUUUGUUGACAAAAUCUUCGACAUGUCGCGAAAAACAUGGGAUUCCCUGGACAAACCGCCGCUCUCCGAGGCUGUGCUGCAGGUGGUGCAGAGCUUCGGCUUCCGGCAGAUGACGCCCGUCCAAACGGCUGCCAUACCGCUGCUCCUGGCGCGGAAAGAUGUCUCCGCAGAGGCUGUCACGGGCAGCGGGAAAACGCUGGCCUUCCUCGUGCCCCUGCUGGAAAUUCUGCAACGACGCCACAAGGAGUCCGCCUGGGGCGCCAAGGAGAUCGGAGCACUCAUCAUCUCGCCCACCAGGGAACUAGCUCGCCAGAUAUCUGAGGUGCUGGCUAAGUUCCUGGAGCACGAGGAUCUGGAGCACCUGAAUCAACAGUUGAUUGUGGGCGGCAACAGCAUCGAGGAGGAUAUCGCCACGCUCAAGAAGGAGACUCCCUGCAUACUGGUGUGCACCCCCGGCCGACUCGAGGAUCUCUUUCAGCGGAAAGGAGACGAUCUGAAUCUGGCGGCGCGAGUCAAGAGCCUGGAGUUUUUGGUCCUCGACGAAGCCGAUCGCCUGCUGGACUUGGGCUUUAAGACCAGUGUAAAUAAUAUUCUCGGCUACCUGCCCAGGCAGCGAAGAACUGGCCUGUUCUCCGCCACCCAGACCACGGAGGUUACAGACCUAAUCAGAGCAGGAUUACGAAAUCCUGUACUGGUUUCAGUGAAAGAGAAGGCCUCCGUGAACACACCCGCUCGUCUGCAGAACUUCUACAGGAUUGUCGAACCGGAGCGCAAGUUCGUGGCCCUGCUGGAGUUUCUCAGCUCGCCCGCCACUCGAACCGGCAAGGUGAUGGUCUUCUUUCCCACAUGCGCCUGCGUGGAGUACUGGACCGAGGCCCUGCCUCCGUUUCUGGCCAAACGCACUGUGCUGGGCAUCCACGGGAAGAUGAAGAACAAACGGGCCAAUGUGGUGGAGAAGUUUCGCAACGAACCGCAGGCCGUGCUUCUUUGCACAGAUGUCCUGGCACGCGGCUUGGAUGUGCCCGAAAUCGAGUGGGUGGUGCAAUGGGAUCCGCCCUCCACUGCCUCCAGCUUCGUGCAUCGCGUGGGACGUACAGCUCGGCAAGGUAAUGAGGGCAACGCUUUGGUGUUUCUCCUGCCCAGCGAAGAUUCUUAUGUUCACUUCCUGAGGAUCAACCAGAAAGUGGACCUGAAUGAACUGACCCAGGAGGAAGACGGGGAGGAUACCCCAGCGAUGGAACUGCCAGCUGUGCUGCAGAAACUGCAUCGCCUCCAGGCGGCAGACAAGGGUGUCUACGACAAAGGAAUGCGCGCCUUCGUUUCCCAUGUGAGAGCCUACACCAAACAUGAAUGCAGCGCCAUUCUCCGGCUGAAGGAUCUUGAUCUGGGAAAGAUGGCCACUGCCUACGGACUCCUGCAACUGCCCCGCAUGCCAGAGUUCAAGAACUACAAGGGCGAUGGCUACAUUGCGCCCACCUUCGAGGUGGAUGUUAACAAGCUGACCUACAAAAAUGUCCAGAAGGAGCAAGUGCGUCAGAUAAAGCAGCAAAAAUACGAGGAAACCGGCAGCUGGCCGGGCCUGAAGAAGCACCAAAAGCGCACAGAGUCAUGGGAUCAGACCAAGAAGGCCAAGCUGGACGCCAAGUCAAAGAAAGAGCUGCGCAAGGCGAAAAAGAAGCGCAAGAAGGAGACGGAAGCAGAAGCCGGGGGCUCGGGACCUGGCAAGCGAAAGAGGCAGCAGUUCAGCCAGGAGGAUCUCGAUGAGCUGGCCAGCGACAUUCGGCUGUUCAAGCGGCUUAAAAAGAACAAGAUCAGCGAGGAGGACUAUGACAAGGCAAUGGGCAUAAAGGACGAUGAUUGACCUAAAGCAGCGGGGACUUCUUUAUGUUCAAUAAAAAUGUUAUUAGGAAA